UGAAAACAUGGCAGUAAGCCACGUACUGAUUCAAAUCUUACAGAUAUAUAUUGUAUUUUUUAAUAAAUUUUAUGGCAUUUCUUCCAUGAAAUGCGCUGACAUAAACUGCAAAGCUCCAAUAUCAGUGGCUACUGCAGUUGAUGACUAUGAAUCUACAGAUGAAAAUUAUAUAAGUUUUAAGAAAGGAGAUAAGAUUUUCAUAUUUAGUAAAUAUGUUGAAGUAGAUAAUUCUAUUUGGAAAGGAAGUUUGAAUGGUGCUUCUCCAGGGCUUCUCAGACGGGAUCUGCUCAGAGAGAGUAAAAUACUAAUUGGUGAUGAUAAAUUGGUUGAAUUAGCAUCCAAUAAUUUGGUUGAAUCAGCAUCCAAUAAAUUGGUUGAAUUAGCAUCCGAUAAUAAGGUAAAUCUACAUGGGAAACAGCCUGUGGCAUCCCAGCAACCAUCAGAUGAAUUAGGAAGGCAAAACGCAGAUGAGCAAUCGCAAGACAGUCUCAAAUCACCAGUUAAUGAUGCAAACAAUGAGGAUACUAACAAAGUAGCUAGCAAGGCUACAGAAAAUGAAAGGACAGCCCAAUUCCCUGCUGAAAUAUUGGAAGGUGGAAGUUCACACUUAAAAAGCCUGGAUGAUGAUCCAAAUGGAAAUCAGGAUCUGGAUAAUGAGAACAAUGAUCAGCAAAUUGUUGGAGAGGCUAGUGACACAGAUGGCACUGAUGGAGUGCCCAGAAGGGAGGUUUAUACUAAUCCAGAUGGGGUGCAAUAUGAUGUGAAAAUAGAAUAUAUGGAUCCGUCAAAUGAAAAAAGUUAUGUGGAAGUUGUUGACGUAACCAAAGAAGAGCAGUCCCAUGUGCUGGAUAAUGUUAAUGAAGAAAACCAAGGACAAGGACGUGAUGAUGGUGAAUCCACUGGGAAGGAAAAAACGGGAUUCUUAAGCAGCGUCAGGCAUCUUGUAUCUGAUUUUGCAGAUAAUAUUGUCAAAGAUUUCCAGGGAGAAGAGAAUAAAAAUGAUAAAGAAAUCAAUGUAGAACAAGGUGAACACAAAGAAAAUCUAGAAAGCAAACAAACUUUGGGCAAGCCUGAAAUGAAAGAGGACACUCCACCAGGCAGCACCGAUGAUGAACUAAACAAGAAGCCAUCAGAGUUCAAAGGAUUUCAGUCAAAGUUUGAGCAGAUGAAGGCAGCACGUCUGGAAAGAAUGAAGGAAAGUAUGGCUGCUGAUGAUACAAGCAUUCCAAGGGCAGAAGACGAGGAGGAGGUGUUAAGAAAACAAGCGAAGAAAACCGUUGAAGAUAUUCCUGGAUUGAUUAAAGAAAGCAAGGAAGAAUUGGAAGAUAAAGUGGCUGGCGAUAAGUUAAAAGACAAGGAAACGACUGCUGGGAAAAAAGUUGGUGAAUCUGAAAGUCAAGAACCACCUAGUAAAAGUUACUCAGAUAAAGUAUUGUGUAGUUCUGUGGCUAUUAAUGACCGCGAGGUCUGCAUGGAAAGUGGGAGUAAGGAACAAUGUUUACAGGAUAACUGUUGUUUUGAUGAGACUGCUGCACCUGGAAAACAAUGUUUUUUCAAACCAAGUGCCCCAGAGUCUGGUUUCACCGAUGAAGAAUUACAAAAGUUCAAAGAGAAAGAAAAACCUGAAGCUGAAAAAGAAUCAACGGCUCAAACUGAUGGAAACACUUCAAAAAGCAGCGAGGUUAAGACUUCGACCAUUUCUGAAGAAGACAACAAGGAGAUUUCUGGGGAGGCAAAUGAAGGUGAUAGUGGAACAGACAAUACGAAGAAAUUGGCUGGUGAUGACCAAGGUGGUGAUGGAGAUGAAGACGUUGCUAAGAAUACAGAAACAGAACCCGAGCAGGAAACUGAGAGGGAAGUUGAGAGGGAAGUUAAACAGCCUCUAGCAGGAAAUGAUGAUGGACAGACUGAAGGAAGCGACGUUGAUAAUGGACAUGAGGACGGAGAUAAAGUAGCCCCGACUAAUGUCAAGAAAGUUGUAACCGAGAAAGAGGAACGGUCAGAAACCGAUGAUACCUCGACUAAGAACAAUUUGAAGACUGUGUCACAUAGCGAAGACGAUAGUUCCAACAAGGAUAAGGCUAAUGUAGAUGCGAAAGAAUCCUCGGAUGCCAGUGCUGAACCAUCAGUCCGUCAUGGAAAAGUAUCGGUCAAUGAUGCAGGUACACACAAUGAAAGACGAGAAAGUUUACAAAAGAGUAUGGCUAAUGAUGAAGAUACGGCAAGUGUGAGGUCAGCUCAUGAUUCGGGAAAGGACUUAAGUUCAUCUCAAGAUGCGAAUGGUGAAGGGGAUCAAGAUGACCAAGAAGUUAAACAUGAUGAAGGACUGAAAGAGGUGGUUCAGGAUAGAAAAGAGGAUGCCAGUGAAAUGGAGAAGGAAAUGAAGGAUGAUAUUGAUGAGAAAGAUGACAUGGAAAAGGAAGUAGUGAAAGAUGAAACUGGAGUAGAAGAAGAAGAUGGUGCUGAAGUUGAAGCGGAGGAUUCUAUGGAGGAGGAAGAUGAGGAGGAACCCGGAGAAGAAGUUGAUGAAGAUGUGAGUGAAGGUGGAGAGCCUGUGAAACCGAAAGAAAAUUUUGAAGUGAAAAGUUCAUUGAACAAAAAAGAAGAUGAGACUGAAGACAAAAUUCGAGUUGAUAAAGAGGAAGAUGCGAGUGAAGGAGGAGAGUCUGUGAAACCUAAAGAUCUUGAAGUGGAAAACUCAUUAGGGGAAAAGGAAGACAAAACUGAUGUUGAUAAAACUGGAGAUGGUGUUGAUAGUGCUGAUGAUACCAACUUAAAGGAAGACCAAGAAGAAAAAGAAAGUAUUACACAUCAAGUGAAAGAAGAGGGAAGCCAUGAGGAGGCUGACAGCCAUGAAAACAAAGAUAAACAACAAGAAACUGGGACUCCGCAACAAGACGGAGAUCUUGGGGCUAAUACUGCUGAUUCGCAAAACAAUCUGACAAAUACCGGUGCUUCUUCGCCGGACGAAAAGUCUGAACAAGAUGAGGAAGACUUACACAAGCAGAGUGUUGGUGAAAAGGCAGAACAUCGUCCUGAUGCCGAAGGAAUCUUUGCUUCAAUAAGAAAUCUCCUGCCUGGUGGUGGUUCGAAAGAUGAUACCGAAUCUGAAGAAAAAACCACAUGUGAUGCGUCGACUCUUGAUAAGGCUAAAGAUUCAGACAAGGAGAGUGAUGGGAAGAUUAGCCCAGAAAAUGAAGAGGAUGAUAAGACUGGAGAACACGAUUUGAAAAAAGAUGUUGAAGAACAGAUUGACAAAGACACCCAAUUUGAUGUUGAAAAAAUUUUCGCUGGUGUCGAAACGCUUCUACCUCGUGCUGAUACAGAGAAGGACGAACAAGAUGAAAGUUCGGAGGAUGGAAAAGACAAGAAGGAAGAUGAAACUCGGGUGAAUUCCGAGUCGCUUCAGAUGGAUAAUAAAACAAAACCAACUAUAGCAAGUGAUGACUCCAGUAUCAAGGCUUCCGGUGAAGGUCAGGAUGAGGGAAAAACAUCUGAACCAAGGUUGGUGAAAAGUUUGAAAGACGUUCCCGAUGAUGAGUCUUCAGUCGUGAAGGAUACUGGGUCUGAUACCGAUGUUCCUUCGACUCGUGUUGUUACUGAAGAGAAAACAGCAGACUCGGGAUCAACUCUCUUCCAAAACAACACCGGAACAAAAGUGUCUCUGGAAAAGACAACGACAAGUACAGUUGAGACGACAACUGAAAUAAGAGAGACAGACAAGGAAGAUGAGGGUUCGAAAGCUGAGAGUAAAGAAGGGAAUGAAGGUGCGACGGUGGGGAAUAAUGAGACGACAGUUGAGGGGAAAGUGGUGAGUAGUGGGGUCGAAGAAAUAAGAUCCGAACCUGAUGUUAUCCCUACCAAAACGACCCCUGUUGAAACGCCUGGGACGAUGGCCACAGGACAUAAAGCGUUUGAAAAGAAAUUUCCAAAUAUUGCCUCAAAAUGGAUGAAAAAUAAACUGGCGAAAGGAAAGCGAAUGGCGGGGAAAGGUACAGAAGACGAAGGAUCCGGGGAUAGGAAGAUCGACGGAAACCUGGACCCUGGUAAGGUGGAAGAUAUCCAGGAGCCCGAAACAAAAGAUAAUAAAGACCUGCAUUCUGGUACCUGUUCCAAAGAUGGAACCUGUGAUGGAACUGAUACUUUUUCCUCGAGUAUACAUCGAUCUAUUUUAGAAAAUGACGGCGAGGAUGAUGCAAUUUUCGAACCAGGUCCUCCUCCGGAUGAUGUGCCGGAGGGAAAAAGUGUAAAGACGCGUUUCCUAGAAACGUUGGGUGUCGCUGUAAGAAAGUUCAAAGAAUACCACACGAUUGUUGCAGGGUACGGCUUACAGAUGAUGAAACCACUCAAGAAUAUUGUGAAGUCUCUUGGAGAACAGAUAGGUUUAGGAGAGACUAUAGAACACGUGGAACAUGAAUUGAAACACGGUCCACAGGGUGUAGUUGCCCUGACUUUUAUCAUGAUUGCAAUCACUACAUACUUCAUGUUCAGUGUUUUGUGUGGAAGCAAGGUACCGCCCGCCUAUGGACCCAAUCUAAAAGAUGUUUUUAAGACGUACGAAGGAAGAAUUCGUAUUCUUGAGGAAGAGUGCUCGGGGUACGAGGAAAGAAUCGAGAAUUUAAAUAAAAAAGCCAAUGACGAUUGCGAAAAUAGCUCUGAACUUCAGAAGCAUCUUGAUGAUGAAAAACAUGAACGAAAUAAAGCUGAAGAGCAGAUUGCAAUUUUAAAGGAAAUUGUCCAAAAUAUGAAAGAAAAAGUCGAACUGUUGGAGGAGGAAUCUUCAAAGUUGAAACAAUCGUUGGUUCAAAAGACUGAACGCAUUGAUGCCAUGGAAGAAGAGCUUUCUGUGAAGUCACAAGAGAAUGAAACGGCUGGAGAAAAUAUCAAAGUUUUGGAAGAGCAAUUGAAAGAAAAAGACGAGGAGAAAGUUGUUUUAAACGACAAUAUCGAGGAUUAUAAACAGCAAUUAUCUAAGGCCGAAGAUGACACGGACAGGCACAAGACUAUGUUGCAGGACUGGAAUGACAGAUAUCAUGAACUGCAGCAAAAAUACGACGACGUGUCUGUAAACAACCAGACGCUGCAGGAACAAAUUCAUUUCAAAGACAACGAAAUUGAGGUUCUCCGUGACUCGUUGAUUCAGAUAAACGGCAAUAUUCAUGUAAACUCUGAUGAAGAAUUAUCUCAGGAAGAAAUGCAAGAGGCAAGAUCAGAGAAAUUUAAAGAGUUAAUGGAUGUCUCACAGAUCAGAACGGAUUACAAACUUUGCAAGGAGGAAAAAGAAAAAUUGGAAGACGAUGUUAAGGCAGAAGUUGACAAAAGAGAAAAGUUAGAAGGUGAAGUAGAACAACUUGAGAUCGAUCUGGCCAAGUCCAAAGCAUCGGAGGAGGAGAUCAGAUUUAAAUAUCGUGAGGCAGAUAUAAAGCUGAAUGCACUACAGGACUACUUCAAGAAUAUGGAAAGCGAUCUACACAGGAAGUUGACUGCAGAAGAAGCCGCAAGAUUGGCAAGUGAAUCGGAACUUGAAAGAAAGCUUCGUGAAGCAUCGACCGCAGUUCAAGAUGUUGAACUUUACAGAAAACAAGUGGACGAGUUGAGAAAAGAAAUCGAUGAAACUCAACAGGCGUUCAGAUCACAGAUUUCGUCUACUGAGGAAAGAGCUCAUGAAAACUGGCUGAAGUUCCGAACGGCAGAAAGAGAGUUGGAGGAAAUAAAACGUGAGAGAGAUGCUUUAAGAAGAAGAUUGUAUGAUGUGGAAACUAGCUCCAAAGCCACAACUCCUUUGGAAGAAUCUUCGUCAUUGCCUGGAACUGAAACUCAGGAAUCGCCACGUCCUGAGUCACCCGCAACAAGUGUGCGCUCUUCGAAGAGAAAAAACUCCAACCCUCGAAAAAGCCCGUCAGGAUCGCCUUUGGAGGAGCGAAAGGACCGCGUUCGCCGUAAGACUCGAGACAGGAAUUCGCCGCUAUCUUGGAAUCCAGACGUGGGACCUCCCCCCAGGCGGCGUGACAAAGAUAGGGAAACGCCCCCACCUCCUCCUCUGUGGGACCCUAAUAUGGGCCCACGCCGCAGGGGGCAACGAGAUUCACCUGGUAUGGAUGCUGAGCGUAGGCAGAGGGACAGAUAUACACCUUCCCCACCGCCGCCUCCUGACGCAGUGAUUCAAUCCUCGAGAAGAAGACGAAGGGAUAGGCCUACACCUUCAUCAUCCCCACCACCACCACCACCUCCUGGUCACAUGUUAUCGCCAAGAGGUAUGGGACCACCUACAGAAAGACCACCACCGAAUAUCCCAAUGAGAGGUGGACCUCCACGUAUGAUUUCGCAACCCGUUGGAGGUGGAAUGAGGGGACCUCUGGAAAACACACCUCCCUCGGGUUACGCGAGAGGUGGGGGGCAAGGCGGGCCUAUGGCUACAGGGAUGCAAAGAAAACCACCAAACACAGGGAUUUCACCAGGGGCAGCAGUUCCUCCCACCAAAAUUUCACCUCUACGAGGCGUACAGCCCCAAGGGAUUAGCCCCAAUGAGCAAUCGACACAGUUUGUUAAUAAUAGUUUACAGAACAUUUCUCCGCGCGGGGACUCGGAACAACCUCCACCACCGCCAUUGUUUGCUAGUAAUGGACCCUACCCAAGACCCCCACCUAGGAAGAUACAAACGCAGCCUUCGUGAUGGCAAUUCAAUAUGUCCGUCGAGGGACGGAAUAAUAAUAAUAGGAAUGGCAUGGAAACAUGAAGAAUAAAACGGUGAUAGAUUGGCUAUAAGAUAUUAUAAUAGAUAGAGACAAUAUCAAUGAAUACAGACUGUUUAUAACUUUAUAUGUACAAAUUGGUGUGCAAUAAAACCAACCUUGU